AUGUUGCUCGCUCCGCGCACCAUGCUGCGUCUGCCUAUGUUGGCAUCGUUGGGGGCGCGGUCGUUUAGCACAUCUGCCUCGUCUAGCAUAUCACGGCGUGGAAAACGUCUCAUCAAGCAAAAGAAAGACGAUGACUUGCGUCGUGCUGUGACGCUAUACCAUCUCACACCCAGCUUUUACCCAGUGCCUACCAAGGGCGCCCAGGAACAGGAUCUGGACGAUGCUGUUACAGAAAGCAUCCUUGGCCCAUUUAUGGGGAAGCGACGUGGCCAGCCCUUUGUACAAUUCGCUACUACCAAUGACCUUCACAAUAUGCAAAAGUACGAGCAGCAAUCGGGCCAACGCAACACCCUUGGCCAGAUUGAUCUGUACGAUUCGGCUACCAUUCAGGGCACUUUUGCGUCGAAGACGCCCUCGCCGCUCCCACCUGUCGCUGGCGAUAAUGAGAGCUUACGCCGUCACUUUGUGAAGCAGCCUGCCAUGUACCAGAGCCGCCGCGCUCGUGAUACCGCCGGUCAUGGCGAUCUGUACAGCCAAGAAGACAUGACGAAACGCAGCGCUCAAGUACGUGAUGCCCUCUUUGGCACCGUCAGUGGCGAGCUGCCCGGCUUGGAAAUUGUCCGUGAGCAUGAGCGUGAAUGGGAUGCGCAAGAGAAAAAGUAG